AUGACUACUAAGAGUAACAUGGCUUCCAUCAGCAGCUCUGAUCUCAUCGAAACAAAGCUUGAAGAGCAUCAGCUGUGUGGAUCCAAGCAGUGCCCCAGCUGUGGACACAAGCUCGAAGGAAAGCCGGAUUGGUUAGGUCUACCGGCAGGAGUGAAAUUUGAUCCAACAGACCAAGAGCUGAUAGAACACCUUGAAGCAAAGGUAGAAGCCAGAGACAUGAGGUCUCACCCUUUGAUAGAUGAGUUCAUCCCUACAAUUGAAGGGGAAGAUGGGAUUUGUUAUACCCAUCCUGAGAAACUUCCAGGAGUAACAAGAGAUGGGUUAAGCAGGCAUUUCUUCCACAGACCUUCAAAAGCUUACACAACUGGAACAAGAAAAAGAAGGAAAAUUCAAACCGAAUGUGACUUGCAAGGUGGAGAAACAAGGUGGCACAAAACAGGCAAGACAAGGCCAGUCAUGGUGAAUGGCAACCAAAAAGGAUGCAAGAAAAUCCUAGUCCUUUACACCAAUUUCGGCAAAAAUCGAAGACCCGAAAAGACUAAUUGGGUCAUGCAUCAAUACCACCUUGGUCAGCAUGAAGAAGAGAAAGAAGGAGAGCUUGUGGUUUCUAAGAUAUUCUAUCAGACACAGCCAAGGCAAUGCAAUUACACUGAUAGAAGUGCAACCACUGGUGAAGGAAUCAGCGAACCUAAUAGCAGAAGGGACAGUGGUAGUGGGAGUUGUUCUUCUAAGGAAAUAAUUCCACAGAGAGAUGAAAUCUCAGGAACUGGGCCAGUUGCCGCGUCAAUAUCAAGUUAUACUCCCAUGGAUAUUCAACAAUUGAAAUCUGAUCAUUUUGGUUUUACUCCGUUCAGGAAGAGCUUCGAUGAGGUGGGGAUAGGAGAGGCUUCAGUAGCAAGGGAAGCCUCAGCAUCAGGCCCAUGCGAUGAGAUUCGGGAGCACCAUCAGAGGCCACAUCACAUGGCCCAUGAUCGCCAUCAACAACAACAGCAGCACCACCUCCACCAGCACCACAAUCACACGGCACAUCACCAGAUUGCGACUACGGCCUUCCACAUUAGCAGGCCUUCCCAUCCCAUCUCCAACAUCAUCUCUCCACCUCCCCUCCAUCACACUUCCAUCAUUCUUGAUGAUGACCCAUAUCAUGUAUCCAGAAUAAUGCUUCAAAACGAAAUCCAGCAACAGCAGCACCAACAGCAACAGCAGCACCAACAGCAGCAUCAUAAACUGGGAGGAAGGUCUGCAUCUGGUUUGGAGGAACUCAUAAUGGGUUGCACGUCAACUGAUGUAAAAGAAGAGUCAUCCAUUGCAAAUCCACAAGAGGCAGAGUGGUUGAAGUACUCUUCCUUCUGGCCAGACCCUGACAACCAAGAUCAUCAUGGGUAG